UUAAAAAAAUACUAGGGUGAAUUUCAUAUCAAGCUGGCAACAUCGUACUUGUCAAACAACGAGUUUUCUCCACGUAAUUCUAGCGUGCGGGGCUAUCAAAAAAUAUUAAAUUUAUUGAAUUAACGACGUGCUUCCGGCAAUGAUCGCAUUUUAAAGUAUUCAGGGGUGCUUAUCACAAAUUCAUAAGUGCGCUGUGCAGUAAAUCCGCUAGAAUGAAGACUCUCGGGCCUCUUCUGGUGUUUUCGCUGGUGUUCACCGGCUCUUUGGCCGUGGACAGGAACAAUUUUAAGACGUGCGAGCAAUCAGGUUUCUGUAAACGUUUGCGAUCUUUCAAGCCUGAGAAGUCUCAGUAUUCGCUGAACUUGGACACCGUUAUAGUCCAUGGAAAUGUGCUGACUGCGGAAGUCAAUACUGUGGACACGGAAACUGAAAAGAGGAUUAUACUGUGGAACUACGCCCUCAAGCUGACGGCGCUAGUCGACGGUACCUUCAGAGUAGAGUUGGAUGAAGCAGACCCGCUGUACCCCCGCUACAGAACUCAGUUAUCUUUGGACGGCGAGCCUAAGGGAGACAGCCUGAAGCUGGUGUCCAGCGAGAAGGGUGUGGUGACGGUGGUCAACGGGCAAGGCCAUAAGGUUCUCAUCACCGCUGAACCCUUCAAGUUGGAGUUCCUUGAUCAGGCCGGCGAUGUGGCAGUGGUGGUGAACGGCAACGCGCAGCUGGUGGUGGAGCCGCUCAAGGUCAAAGAGGAGGGUGGUGACGAAGACGACAGCUCACGUGGGGAGAACUUCAAGUCCCACCACGACAGCAAACCGCGAGGCAACGAGGCAGUUUCUCUCGAUGUCACUUUCCCUGAGGCUGACCAUGUCUACGGUAUCCCCGAGCACACAGAUAAUUUCGCGCUCCGCACCACGAGCGCCGGCGAGCCGUACCGCCUCUACAACCUGGACGUGUUCGAGUUCGAGCUGGACAGUCGCAUGGCUCUGUACGGCGCCGUCCCUGUCAUGUAUGCACAUGGAUCCAAGCGCACCACUGGUGUUUUCUGGCACAACUCCGCGGAAACAUGGGUGGACGUGGUGAACCAUGCGGAGGGCACGGUCGUCUCUUCGUUGGUCAAUCUCGUCACCGGCGGUCAGAAGAAGCAGGUUGAUGCCAGAUUCAUGAGCGAGUCCGGUAUCGUGGACGUGUUCGUGAUGCUCGGCAGCCGCCCUAAGGACGUGUUCAGACAGUACACACGCCUCACCGGCGUAAUGCCUUUACCACCCAAAUUCUCCAUCGCAUACCAUCAAUGCCGCUGGAACUACGUGGACGAGAAUGACGUGCGACAAGUGGACGAUAAUUUUGACGUGCACGAUAUGCCCGUUGACGCCAUCUGGCUCGACAUCGAAUACACAGAUAGAAAAAUGUACUUCACCUGGGACGCCGAGAAGUUCCCCAAUCCCGCGGAAAUGGUCGCCAACCUCACCGCCAAGGGCCGCCGGCUGGUCGCCAUCAUCGACCCGCACAUCAAGCGGGAACCCGGCUACUUCCUGCAUGAAGACGCCACAGAGAACGGGUACUAUGUGAAGGACAAGGACGGGAAAGAUUAUGAAGGCUGGUGCUGGCCCGGCUCCUCCUCCUACCUGGACUUCUUCGACCCUCGCGCCAGCAAGUAUUACUCCGAGCGUUACCAGUUCAAGAACUGGCCUGGCUCCAGCAAGGACGUCCACGUUUGGAACGACAUGAACGAGCCCAGUGUAUUCAACGGUCCCGAAAUCACCAUGCCCAAGGACUGUCGCCAUCACAAGCCUCCCCAGGACGGCCACGACGGGCUCGCCUCCUAUUGGGAACACAGACACGUUCACAAUGAAUACGGUCUAGCACACAUCAAAGGCACUCACGAGGGCAUGUUGGAUCGCGCCGAUGGCAAAUACCGGCCCUUCAUUCUCACGCGUUCUGCAUUUGCCGGCACUCAAAGAUACGCAGCCGUAUGGACAGGCGACAACAUGGCAGAAUGGGGUUUCCUGGCCGUGUCCAUUCCCCAGUGCAUCUCCAUGUCCGUCGCCGGCAUCAGCUUCUGCGGUUCUGAUGUUGGCGGGUUCUUCAAGUAUCCUGAGGCUGAGCUGAUGACGAGGUGGUACCAGGCGGGCGCCUUCCAGCCUUUCUUCCGCGCUCACUCCCACAUCGAGACCAAACGUCGCGAGCCCUGGCUCUACGAGCCCGCCACCACCGCCCUCAUCCGAGACGCCCUGCGCAGGAGAUACGCCCUCAUCGACUAUUGGUACACUCUUUUCUAUGAGCACUCCGUGGACGGGCUGCCCAUCAUGAGACCGAUCUUCCAUGAUUACCCUGAGGAGGAAGAAACCUUCGAUAUUCAGGACCAGUACUUACUGGGCGACGAGUUCCUAGUCCGUCCCGUGACCGAGCCCGGCGUGAGCAGCGUGAAGGUGUACCUGCCCGGGAAGGCGACCCGCACCCUGUGGUACGACGUGGACUCCUACCACGCGCACGCAGCCAACGGAUACUUCACGCAGGACGUCAAUAUUGCUAAGAUCCCCGUGUACCAGCGCGGCGGCAGCGUGGUGCCGCGCAAGGAGCGCGUGCGGCGCUCGUCCGCGCUCAUGGCCGCCGACCCCUACACUCUCGUCGUCGCCUUGGAUGCUAAUAACACCGCGCACGGCACGCUGUACAUCGACGACGGUGAAACGUAUGAGUUCAGGAACAACAAGUACAUCUACGCGCACAUCGACUACGAGCCCAGCGGGAUCACCUACUCUCUCGUGGCCGGCGGCGGCUACCCGACCCGCUCGUGGGUGGAGCGCAUCGUGGUGGCCGGCACCAGGGCGCCUCCCAAGGCCGCCCGGCUCAUUCAGGGCGACAAGCAGCUCGCGCUGCAGAUGACCCUGCACAAGGGCAACGACGUGCUGGUGGUCAGGAAGCCCGGCGCCAGCAUGGCGCGGCCCUGGAAGAUCCUGUUCACUUACUAACAUUACAGGUUGUAACAUCUACUUGCGUAACGAUCUGGGUGCGUAGACGACUUGCUAAUCGUUGGGCGUGGCGAACGAACUGUCGCACUCAUACGAAAGAGUGAUAAAUCUCUACGCUCCGGAAUGGCAUGUUGGCUUAACACCCAAAACUGACUGACGGAUCGUACUCUUAUGCCGUUCUAGAUCGUGUCAUUCGAGAAGACGCGUGCCGUUGACUCGUAUUAUCGUGUUAUAUUUGACAAGUCUACGCGUCAUCGUGGAUGACCCGAACUAUAUUCGACUCCUGUUAGUCCAACGAGCCCUUGAUAAUCGGUCGUCCGUAUCCGUCAUGUUAACAUUCGUGUUUGUUAGUAAGGGGCAGAAUUGAACAAGCUUAUGAAUACGGGGAAUUUUAAUAUUCUGAACUCGAAAGAUAACAAAUGACGAAGAUAGAAGUCAGACCGAGAUAAGUUGGCAGCGGCCCGACAUGUGCAAGUGUUAUUUUGAACGUCAAACUUCUAUGAAAUUAUGACGUUUACUUAACGCUUGCACAGGCUGGGCUAUCAAAAUCUCUGCCAACGCCUUGGCCUGACUAGCAACAGAAUUGUAAUUUUGGUUCAGGCCAAAUUCGGGGGCGGCUUAAGGUAUAUCAAUAACAAUCAGGCUAAAGUGUGCUUUCGGGGAUAGAAGAGACCACUUUUUUAACGUGUUUUUGAUCCUGACAAAUAAAUAGAUAGAUGGCGCGCGUUUCGCAGUUAGGCUGGCGGGCCAUAACCAUUUACUGCUCUUGGGGAAAAUAACCAGUUUCCAUUUGUCCCCGCCGGGUACAGUAGGGAAUAGAUGCAUUCAAAUGUCCCCACUUCAUGUAGAGACGGUGUAUUCUCAUUUGUUCCCGCCGGGUACAGUAAGGAAUAGGUGCAUUCAAAUGAAACACGCCCAUCUGUCCUCACCUCAUGUAGAGACGGUGUAUCCUCAUUUGUCCCGCCGGGUACAGUUGAGAAUAGGUGCAUUCAAAUGAAACACCCAUCUGUCCCCACCUCACGUAGAGACGGUGUAUCCUCAAUUGUCCCGCCGGGUACAGUUGAGAAUAGGUGCAUUCAAAUGAAACACGCCCAUCUGUCCCCACCUCAUGUAGAGACGGUGUAUCCUCAUUUGUCCCGCCGGGUACAGUUGAGAAUAGGUGCAUUCAAAUGAAACACGCCCAUCUGUCCCCACCUCAUGUAGAGACGGUGUAUCCUCAAUUGUCCCGCCGGGUACAGUUGAGAAUAGGUGCAUUCAAAUGAAACACCCAUCUGUCCCCACCUCACGUAGAGACGGUGUAUCCUCAAUUGUCCCGCCGGGUACAGUUGAGAAUAGGUGCAUUCAAAUGAAACACGCCCAUCUGUCCCCACCUCAUGUAGAGACGGUGUAUCCUCAUUUGUCCCGCCGGGUACAGUUGAGAAUAGGUGCAUUCAAAUGAAACACGCCCAUCUGUCCCCACCUCAUGUAGAGACGGUGUAUCCUCAAUUGUCCCGCCGGGUACAGUUGAGAAUAGGUGCAUUCAAAUGAAACACCCAUCUGUCCCCACCUCAUGUAGAGACGGUGUAUCCUCAAUUGUCCCGCCGGGUACAGUUGAGAAUAGGUGCAUUCAAAUGAAACACGCCCAUCUGUCCCCACCUCAUGUAGAGACGGUGUAUCCUCAAUUGUCCCGCCGGGUACAGUUGGGAAUAGGUGCAUUCAAAUGAAACACCCAUCUGUCCCCCACCUCAUGUAGAGACGGUGUAUUCUCAUUUGUCCCGCCGGGUACAGUAAAGAAUAGGUGCAUUCAAAUGAAAUACUCCCAUCUGUCCCCCCCACUUCAUGUAGAGACGAUGUAUUCUCAUUUUGUCCCCGCCGGGUACAGCAGAGAAUAGGAGCAUUCAAAUGAAACACUCCCAUCCAUCCCCACUUCAUCUAGAGGCGGUGUAUUCUCAUUUGUACCCGCCGGGUAGUAUGGAAUAGAUGCAUUCAAAUUAAACACUCGAUCAUCUGUCCACACCUCAUGUAGAGACGUUGUAUUCCUAUUUGUCCCCGCUCCACGUGACCGCGGCCACACAUUAGGUGCGGACAAAUAGGAACCAUUUAUAUGAAGCACUUAUUCCUAUAUAUGGCUGGCGGGGACAAACGGCAAUAUACUGUGGAGACGAUUAUGUGGGGCGGGGACAAAUGGCGAUACACUCAAUUUUCAUCUUUUAAGUGUAACAGCAACAGAAUGUCAGUGGCAUCAUGGCAUGGCAAAUGUUCUUGCCUCGAGUCAAACACUCUCCAGUGAUAACUCUUGUAUUACCAGUCAUUUAUUUUUUGUCCAUUAAAACUAGGAAGUUCUCUACAUAACGGCAAUAGUUCCAAACGCCAUUGUCAAGGCAAAUUGAACCUUAAGCCGGAUACAGACGGGUGCAAAGUCUAAUGUAAGAUUACGUGUAAUAUAGUUUAACAUGUGGACGGCACUGCGAGCGCCUUUGUGUUCGUGCUUAAAACCGACACCCGAUGGAUCCGGCACGAGCGUUACAUGUAAUGCCACAGAAUAAAUAAUAGUACCGUACAGAAAUGACACCUACAAGACCGAAGUUUGACAGCGAUUCAGGGUCAAAUCGUCCUAUCUCUAUCUAAUAUAAAAAAAAUAUAUGGCACUAUCUCUUUCGGCUAUUUAGGGUUGUCAAAAUUCAAGACAUUAUCUUAUCUGUGGGACACGCAAAGGGACUUCAAGUUGUGCCAACCCUAAUAAUUGCUCGGAGCAAUGCUGAGCCGAACGGAUCCGAGAAUGCCCGAUCGCUCUAGUGUCGCUCCAAUGGUAAUGCUUUUAGUGCUGUCCACACACGAAAUUCCUGUUACAAUACACGAUAAAUUACAUGACACGUUGCACCUGUCUGGACCCGGCUUUACGCAAAUAUCAUUAUCAAGACACAGAUCGCAUUGGAGAUCAAAAUAAAUAAAUCUUGUGAUUUUAUCUUUAUGUGGUUUUUAUAUGUAAUUAGAUUAAUAUAGAUAUAGGUAAAAAACUUAAGUAAGUCACCUGUUGUAUGUAGUUGUGACGUGUUCGAAUAGACAAUACAUGUUUAAAAGACACACACAAACAAAACCAAUGUCUAUUCGAACACGUCACAACUACAUACAACAGGUGACUUACUUAAGUUUUUUACCUAUACUCCUUAUUUAAAAUGUGUAUGUGCGCAGUCUUGUUUUUUUUUUUAUUGAAAACAUAAACAAAGUCAAUCAUAAUGUAUGACUGUAUGAUUUUUUUACAUUUGACUAUUAUGUGUAUAUUUCAAAUGUAAACUUUAAUUUUAAGUCAAUAAAGGCGUUAAUCGUUCAAUCGGUGAUUUUUUUUCGUUUAUCAUGUAAUAGUAUUUUUCACUCUGUGGGAGGGGUGACAGGUGUCAUCGCCAAAUCUCGCAAAAUUGUAUUCAGAUGACAUCUGUCGGAGUACCCAUCGAGUUUAAAAAUACUGUAAGGUCCAGUUGCUAUCAUAUAUGUAGAUCGGAGAGGCCAAGGUGCUCACAAAUAUUUUCAAGCACACACACACAAACACGCCUCUAUUGUCAAGGCGCUGUAAUGCGUGUUCAGAUAUUUUUGAGCACCUUGGCCGCUCCGAUAUAUCUGAUGGCGACUGUACAUCAUCGAUUUAAUAUACCAUCGUAUAUUACAUCGAUGCUGUACAUACUUCUAUCGACCUUUGGAAAGUUAACCGUGAUAGUAAAAUAUAAUAAGUUUAUAUUAUGUCCAAUUACAAAUAAUGUUCUACGUUUUUUACUAUGAUUUCAUUCAUAAUUAAUAAUGGUAUAAAGUUUUCUCAAGCGGGUGGUAAGUGUAAUAGCAAAGAUAAAGGAAUACAAAGACGCGUAAAUUAGUGCAAAAUGUAGUAGUUAAGAACUAUGCGUCAAAAUGGUCUAAAAACCUACAGAGUUGAGAGUUAGGUCAUUAUAUAGGUAUUUCAUUUCGUCCUAUAUAUGGACACCAAGCGGAAUGCCAUUGUGGAACUGUGAUACAUAUUUGUAUUUUAGUCAAAAUGUCAUUACCCUUAUUACUUAGGCAAUAAAGUGCUACUUCUACCCAACAUCCAAUACCUAACAUGCAAUAGAGGGGAACAUCUACCCUGCAACAAUUCAUUUACUUUCUUGGACUCUAUUGCCUAGGUAAUAAGGGUGAUGACAUUUUGACUAAAAUACAAAUGUGUACCUCAGUUCUGCAAUAGAAUUCCACUUGAUGCCCAUAGAACGAAAAGAAGUACAUAGAUUUAAACCAACACGAUUUUCAUUCAUAAUUUUAAAACUAAUACGGGACUUAAUCGCGUAAACUUACGUUUAUUAUUUGCCCUGACGUUUCGGACGCAACGUUAUGUUCGUGGUCACAGGCAGACUCCAUAAAUAUCUAUAGUAUUUUGUCAGGCCAUAUAAUAAACGUAAGUUUACGCGAUGACGUCCCGUAUUAGUUUUAAAAUUAUGAAGUACCUAACUUUAAUUUCUGUUGAUUUUUGGACCAGGCUCCAUACAAAGUUACCCAUGGUCCUUUCACAGCUGUAGUAGAUGGUGCUAUACGGUGUCUAUUUUGUGGUAACAACAACCUAAGUUCUGUUUUUAUUUUCCAGAUUAUAAAAUUACAGUUAAGUAAAUCUGGUUGGCAACUGUUAAAAGUUGGCAUAGAUGGCGCCAUAAUAGCUUGCCCCUUACUUUAGUUUUGUUCUAUGCGUUAAGGGCUAGCAUCGAGGCCAUAAAAAAAAAAAUUACACAAUUCAAGGAAUUGACAGGCCAAGCUAUGAUGGCGCCAUCUGUAAAAUACUUUGACCGGCCAACCCCAUUGGCUAAUUUACUACACAAUUAUCUUCUUUUUUUGCACCGGAAUGAUUGACUGUCAUUUUUGUUUCUGGGAUAUAAAGAGGUUUAUUUACCGCGUUAGUUUACGCGUCUUAGUAUUCUCUUGUCUUUGACUCUAUCUACAAAUUGUGUUAGGCAAACAAAUGGUAUUCAGAAUGCGGGAGUCACAUAUACUGUGAAGAGUAAGGGUUAUCAUGUUUUGUGAUAAUAAAUACGUUUUUUGAA